GGAGAGGGCUGAAGCAGUGGGGACGCUUUAGUAUUUUCGUCGGGGCCAGAAAGCAGCCUGACUUUAUAGCAAAGAAAGCACACUGCAAAGGAAACAGAUGCACUAAGAAAGAAAGUGGGCCAUCACUUUGAAACCAACUUUGGACCUACAGCAAGAGAAUCUUCCAUUAAAGCAGGUGACUUUCAAGAUGAAAAAGCAGAUGAGAGCCAUCACUAAUUCCAACAUAGGGCUAGGGUGGAAGAGAUACUGUCGGUAUCUGAUAUAUUUGAGUAAUCUCUUCCUGGUGACUGGUUACAUUGCUUUGCUGUUUUAUGCUCUCAUCUGGGAAGCUGGAAUUAUUGUCAGCCUUCCGACCAAGAGAAUUGGCUUCUACAACAUCUGCCUGUGGAACGAGGAAGCAGAAGAACUGGAUUGCCUUCUGAUCAAGGACUUAGAAAAGAUGGGCAUCAACAAAGUGGCACUGGUCUUGUCCAGGAUCUGUGUCUAUUCCACACCAGUAUUGUGCCUCUAUGUUGCCACUACCAUCUUGCAGGCCCUGUGCUUAAAAGACAAAGAUGGAUGGAAACUAGCCUGUAUUCUGUUGGCCGUUGGUGCUCUGAGUUUGCCCGCUGGUCUCAGUUUGUUUCUCUUCCAGACUGAGAGGUGGGUUCAGAUCUCUGAGCUUGGAGGGGUUUUUGUAGCCUUAGCUGGGGCUCAUGCCUUGCUCUUGCUCCACAUGAUCACUAUUGCCACGUACCUGGCACAGCUCAAAGAUGCGCGUCCCCCGGGACAGUUCUUUCCUGUAAAGAGCAUCCCAUAAGUAUGGUUAAGUACCAGGCAAUACAUGUUUAAAGUGCCUUUUGAACAACACCUGCAGGUCAGUCCAUAUUCCACUGAGUCAGGUUAGAUGUUGUGUUGCUCUGGGCCUAUGUUGAUUCUGCAAGAUAAUCACUUCGACACUUGGCUUUUCUAAAGUAGCUCCUAUGAAGCAGAAGCCAGGAUUUAGACACAGUUUGCACGGGGACAUAGCGAUCUGCAAUUACAUAUGAGCGUUAAUCAUUUCCUACACCCUCCCUCUCACAGCGGGCUUUGGGGGACACACAGCUGCCUUGUAAGUGUCAGGGAGGAAACAAACUGGGUUGCAGACUCUUCUGUUUGGCACAGCAGACACCACGAUGGGCAGGAUAAGCAGGUGCCAAGGUUGUCCGUCUGUGCACCAGAUGAGCAGAGUGUGAGGGACUGUGACUGUAUAAGAGGAGCACAUCAGGAGAGAGAGGUCGUACUCCAGCGUAUGACCUUCUGUCUGCUAUUCUGGGGCUGAAAAAUUGCUUGAUUUGUUGGGCUGUAAGUGGAAUGGGAAAUAUACCUUUCUCAGAAAACUUUAGCACAUUCUUUUAAAAUUGAUAACAGUUAACUGCUUUGGCAUUUUCUUGGAAGUAUUCAAUUCAUGCACUUUCAGGAGUCACCAGAAAUGACAAGCUUUUACUAGAGGGGACCAAAAAGUCUGCUAUUGAGAUCAGUAUCAUCUCCCCCACCCCCUCCUCUAGCAUGCUUUUGUCUUGUUUCUGAUGGGGUGUGAGGGAAGGUAACAAAUGGCAGAAGCCACCUUUUUGGCUGCUAGGAAGAGACUGCAACGGUCUCUUCUAAUAAGAGCUCUGCGGAGGGGAUUUCUCUAUGGCUGGGCAAACACAUUUGUUAGGCUCCUUUUGUGCUACAAAACUACUAACAUCGCAGUUAAUUUGAAAAGGAUGAGGCUAUAGGUUAAGCAGCACAGUAUUCUAUUACUUCCGUACUUAACGAGUCAUUGCCAUAAUGCAUACUGUUUUAAAUUGAGGUGGUUGUGGUGGUGUCAUUCUCUGAUUUUUAAACCAAAAAGAAUGCUACAGUGAGCUGCAGUUUGGUCCACUGGCUUUGCUGUGGCUUUCAGUUAGUUGGGGUGCCUGUUCAACAUUUUAUAGGGGGAAAGGGCUGGUGUUUCUGUUCAUUCCCACCAUACAACAAAUGGAAUCGGGACUAGGAAAAGACCCCCGGAUUAUGGCACGCAGACGAGCCCCAUUGCAGGCUAGAAAAGAUGUUCAAGAAAGAAGGUGACAAGAUGCAAACAUGGACAGGACCGUUCCCUCUCAGGCCCAAUGAGGAACUGGUUAUGACUGGUUGUUAAGACUUUCCUUUAAAGAAAACAAACACAACUGUGUUCCAAGCAUAUAGCUGAGUUCGCUGUGGUAACUGAUAAUGCUACCACCUUGAUUUAUCUACAUGCUAAUGAGUAACUACAUUACUACAUAAGGGAGGAAGUUUUUCUUUUCCUUGGUGCUUGCUGACAAUUUGAAACAAAGCAAUAUAUUUCAUCUUUAGAUUAAUCUGUUUCAAUAAAAGGUUACAUAAAAGGUUUUAAUUUGCAUGGAGAUUGUUUGUAUUGUAGCUCUUUCCUGUUGUUGUUUGCUAAGGCAAUGAGCUAACGCAAUAAAGUUUAUGAAUAUAAGUGGCCUGGUCACAUUUUCACCUAUUUGUGCCGAUACAAAACAAAACCUUUUUGUUAUCCC